AUGCUUGCCGAACGAUUCGACACGGGGGUCAAUCCUGCCGUCGAAGUCACUGAGACUGACAAUCAAUUCAAUGUUCACGCCGAGCUGCCGGGCAUGAAGAAGGAAGACAUCAACGUCGACAUCAAUAACAACUCUUUGACAUUCAGUGGCGAGCACAAGGCAUCGAGCGAACAUAGCGAUCAGAACGUCCGCUAUUCAGAACGCCAUUAUGGUAAAUUCUCGCGUACUGUGCCCGUACCCGAGAACGUCGACAAGGAUCACAUCAAGGCCACGUUCAAGGAUGGUAUUUUGGACCUUGAAAUGCCAAAGUCAUCUCACUCCUCUUCCAAGUCCAAGAAGAUUACUGUCGAUUAA